AUAAAUACCUGUCAUCACAGCACAGGCUCCCCCUCCGAAGGCAGUUCUGAAGUGUUUUCAGCCUGUUCAUCCCUGUCUUGCACACCAGUCUGGUAUUUAUAUUUAGCUUCUGUUCACCCACCUGCAAGAUUCUGGCCAGCACCAUGACUGAUGAUGAGCUGUCUGCCUUGGUGGUGGAUAAUGGCUCAGGGAUGUGCAAGGCAGGCUUUGGUGGUGACGAUGCCCCCCGGGCUGUGUUCCCCUCCGUGGUAGGGCGUCCCCGGCACCAGGGCGUCAUGGUAGGCAUGGGCCAGAAGGACUGCUAUGUGGGGGAUGAAGCCCAGAGCAAGAGGGGCAUCCUGACCCUGAAGUAUCCCAUUGAGCAUGGAGUGGUCACCAACUGGGAUGACAUGGAGAAGAUCUGGCACCACACUUUCUACAAUGAGCUCCGUGUGGCACCAGAUGAGCACCCCAUCCUCCUCACCGAGGCCCCCCUCAACCCCAAGAUCAACCGAGAGAAAAUGACUCAGAUCAUGUUCGAGGCUUUCAACACACCUGCCAUGUAUGUGGCUAUCCAGGCUGUGUUAUCCCUCUAUGCCUCGGGCCGGACCACUGGCAUCGUGAUGGAUUCUGGGGAUGGGGUCACUCACACAGUGCCCAUCUAUGAAGGCUACGCCCUGCCCCAUGCCAUCCUCCGUCUGGACCUGGCUGGCAGAGACCUGACUGACUACCUCAUGAAGAUCCUGACGGAACGAGGCUACAACUUUACCACCACAGCCGAGCGGGAGAUUGUCCGCGAUGUCAAAGAGAAGCUGUGCUACGUGGCCCUGGACUUCGAACAAGAGAUGGUCGGUGCUGCUGCAUCCCCCUCACUCGAAAGAAGCUAUGAGCUUCCCGAUGGGCAGGUGAUCACCAUUGGGAAUGAACGCUUUCGAUGCCCUGAAGCCAUUUUCCAGCCUUCCUUUCUGGGCAUUGAGUCCAGCGGGAUCCAUGAGACAACCUUCAACUCUAUCACGAAGUGUGACGUGGAUAUUCGCAAGGACCUGUAUGCCAACACUGUGCUGUCUGGAGGCAGCACCAUGUACCCUGGCAUUGCUGACCGGAUGCAGAGGGAAAUCGUAGCCCUGGCACCCAGCACCAUGAAAAUCAAGAUCAUAGCUCCCCCAGAGCGCAAGUAUUCCGUUUGGAUCGGGGGCUCCAUCCUGGCCAGCCUGUCCACAUUCCAGCAGAUGUGGAUCAGUAAGCAGGAAUAUGAUGAGGCUGGUCCUCCCAUUGUCCACAGGAAAUGUUUCUGAAUGGGCUUCCAUGCUUGUGCCCUUACAUUUUCCUCAGUUUCUAGACCCUAGCAAUGGUACUGCUUUUAUCGACUUUCAGUUGAGGCAAGGUAAAUCAUUCAGUCUUGCUAGUGUACAAACCAGCAAACUCACCUCCAACUCAGCAUUGUGGGCUCCCACCCAGCUAACUGUAAUUUGACUUCUAUCAACUUAAGGAGAAUUCUGAGAUCCUAUUCUAUUUUCUUUACCUUUAUGGUUCAAGAAAUGUAGGCCUGCUUGAAUGAAAAUAAAUGACACAGAGUAAAAUGACAAAUGUGUUUUCAGUAUGGAUAACUAGAAUUUCCAAUCUUUAAAUAUUAGUUCUUGCUUAAAAUAUUUAACAACAAAUAGCAGGCUGUACCACCUUGUAAAAAAAAAGUGUAUGUAUUUAGCAAAUAUGUCUUAUUAGUUAGAAUUUUGGUUUUGUUUUACUUCUUUGUAUAAAUAAUAAUAUGGGUCAAUAACAUCCAUAUUUACAUAAGCACUAGGAAAAUAAAAUAUUCCAUCUUAAAAUAGUGAUAAAUCUGGCUAUCUGAAUAGCUAAUGUGAAUUUCUUAAUUUCUCAACAGUCACUAUUUUAGUAACUGUAUUUUCCUUUAUUAAAUAAGCAUAAUGAAAUAGCAGGAUUCCAAUACUGUUGUUUAUAAAGCAACUGCAUUUUCAGCUCCAAGUGGAGUUCUGCUUGUCAAACACCUAUUUUAAUGUCUAACUUACCAAACUUCAUUACACUUAUAACAGCAAAAGUACUACAGAUAAGGCCUAACUUUUAAAAUAAAAAGAGAUUGUGAUAUUAAUUAAUGUCAUUAUGUUAAGCUUGACAAGGAUAAUUUUAUUUCUAUUGCUUAGCAUAAUAAUGCACAUCUUGAAUAAUUUCUGUAGGCCAUGAUUUUGGAUAUUUCUCUUAUCAAGGACUUCACUGCCAGAAAAUAUAGCUACAGCAUCUUUGUAACUUAUAAAUUCUAGUACCACUAUAGUAAUCACAAUUUUACUAUUGGAAAGAUUUUAGGAUAAUUCUGUUUUACGAUGUCCAGUAACUAGCAGUACUUCUUUAUAUAAAGUGUCUCUAAGAUAUUAACAUCCUAGAAAACAUUCCUGUGUCAUCUUAUGUUCUCUAAACUUGUUUAAUGGAUCCAAUGGUGGUUUUUAACCAAUUGGAAGAACAAGCACAUUUAUUUCAAUCUAUUCUGUGAUUUCUCAUUAUCUGAAGAGCAGAGAUAUUUGUAUUAUGCAGGGGUUUUUUUCUGAACUUUUAGAAUUUUGGGAGGGUUUGCUUAUUAAGUCCUUAUCACAUUCUCAGGAAAAGAGGGAUUUCUUCCCUUUCAGUUGGGAAGAAGCUUAUAUUCAUGUUUUAAAUCUCUAAAUUGGAAUUUUUAAGCAUUUUGACUUUAAAAUUUUCAAAGAAUUUGGUUUUUUUAUUUUUUAA